CGGGUCUCAAAAAAUCUAGCCAGUCCAUUUUGUGGUUUACCUAAUCUUAGUAAGCAGCUGCGAACAUUAGACAGCUAAGGUACGUACCUUAUAUACCUAGGUACAUACCUCAUAUCUACAUGUUACAUCAAACAUGAAUAAUUCAUCAAAGCCACCUUCUAAUGUCGAACCAUGACGCGUCAGGUCCAUAGGUACCUCAGGUAUGCGCUUUUCGCAUCUUUUCAUAGGCAACUUCAAAACUGACCAGUCAUAUUCGCCAAUUGCAAUAACCUACCUAGCUCAUUCUUCUUAGCAGGGCUACUUCGUAUUUGAAAGUGAUUGUGUUGAUAAGUAAAUCGCAUUGUCAUUCUGGCAAAAUGUAGCGAUGGAUAACCUCAAGUUAACACGGAGCAAUUCCAAAGCUCGCGAACCUCCCAGGUUAUUCCUCCAUCCUUCUUCAACAACUUCACAUGUCUCGCUAUCAGGAGCCAUGGCUGCCAGCCCGGCAGUCCCUCCUACUGCUGCUGUUCCUUCGAUGUCCAGCAAACGAGCAAAUACCAGCGGCGCAUCUAUACAGCAGUCCCAAGCUACCACUUCCCUUGCGCGAACGGGCUCGUUAUUGAAUACACGAAAUCGCGCCCACGUUGGCCGACUCCAAACUGCGGAUUCUACGCGCACCGCCGAUAGAACCGACGCCUUGUGGGCUGAGAUGCAAGCAACUUUAGAAGAGGUGGAACUUUCAGCGAGUGGAGGUACCCACGUUUUCGGACCGGAACAUGAUCGCAAGCUCGCCGAGUUGCGCGCCGCCCAAAUUAAGCUGGCGCAAGCAUGGGCGAGAAGCGAAGCCGACGACUCAAUCGAAACCGCAGCGGCUAACAAGGUGCCAAACCUCAAGGGAGCUUUAGGUGAGAUUGGCGCGACCGCUACCGGGGCAGCCCUUGGUCCUACGAUAUCCUCGAGCGUCGGAAAGGCAGCGGUAGAAGGUACCUAUACAGAAGGAGCGAAAAGCACAGUAGGUACAGGCAGUGCACGACCCGGUAGUAGUGGGACUGGCCGCGAGCGGCUAGGCGCUAAGCUCGAAGAAGAAACAGAGAAGGAUAUCCUUCUAGCGAGAAAUAGAAGAGAGGCGAACGAUCGCUAUUUUUCCAAGAUAGACCAGGGGGUUAGGGAUGUUGUUGAAAAAUUAGAAGAAGUGGCUAUCGCCAUGAGAGCUGUCGAGGAAGAAACGCGUAAUAUCUGGGGCGACAGCGCUAUCCUGGAUAACGCAAAGGUCUAAACAGGACAUCCUAGAAUUGUGCAUAUACGUUACGAAGAUCUGAUGACCCGCUCAUCGAUCUGCUAUGGGUAUUCAAGCAUAACGAUAUUGGACGAGGGUUUUCACUUAUGCAUUGGGCGAUCGGCGUUGGUACUUAAAGCGACAAAGGGGAUUGUAUUGGCCUGAAGAGGCUGCUAACACACCAGCAACAACUUGCUAACCUAGUUAGUGCAUGAUGGUUGAGGAAUGGAUGGCUUGUACCAGUAGCCACUCGAGAUAUAAAUCUUCAUCAUAGGGUAUCCUUAACAUUGCUCCACCUGCUGGGCCUAAGAUUCGUUUCUCAUAACGCGUGUCCUGCUCAUAAUAUGUAUAAUCACUCCACACGCCUACAUCUCAGUCCCAGCUGAGUCCUUUGUUAUCCAAUACCCAAACUUUCGUCUUGCCUUAUGGAUACAGAUUGGAUCUGUGGGUUGUCCUGGGUAGGGG